CCAGGAUGUCUACUCCCUGACUUCCCCCUAGCAAAGGAGCGCGGCGCUUGGUUCCCCUAGCAACCGGGCUCAGCGAGGAGGCGCAGGCGGCGGACAGUGCCGGCGACUCUGAGAGCCCGUGGCCGAGAGGCUGCGGGAGGACUUGACCUUUUCCCUGAGGAGUCCGCCGGCCGCCCCACCUAGAGGAGAGCGCGCAGGCCCCUGGCAGCCCCUGCCGGCCGCACGCCGAUCCGGGGCCUUCAGGCCUUGUGGGGAGAGAAGCUGAGGAAGCCUUCCCUCCGGGCGCAUGCCCCCAAGAGACCUUUGAGGUCCCACCCCCGGCCUCCGGGCCAGAGAGAGGUCCAGUUGAUCCCAAGGUUUCGCAGGACAAUUCAGGAUCUGUUUCUCUGUGAGGAGGUGUAAGGUUCUCCGCUGCUUUCCCCGCCCACCACAACACUAUUGUCAGGCAAGUCAACAGCAACCCGGGCUGGGUGGUGAAUUACUGAUAAAACCCCCUUGGGAAGGAGUGUUGGGGUUUUGGCCCCGACCCCGAACAGCUGUGAGAAACUGUGUGAACUGUGACAAUGACCCACAGUGUGCCUGGGCACAGUUGAGUCGUGAUUAAGAAAAUGGGCCCUGGAGGCCUGUCCUCCUGCCUCUGCCAUGUACUAGAUGUAUCCACGUGGGCAUGUAACUUGACCUUUCUAACCUGCUUCCAUUUUCUUACCUGAAAACUGCGAAGAAUCAGUCCUUCCUGUAAACUAAGUUCCUAGAGGUCUCUAAAAUCCACAUCUUACCUCCACCCCCGUCACCUCUCGCCUCACGACUCUUGCUGUUCUUGGUACUACAAGCCAGAAUGAGCUUCUUAAAAUUAAGGUCUGAUCACGUCACUGCCCUUAGUAAGCCCCAGGAGCUUCCCGGGGAUCCUAGGAUAACCGCCACACUCCUGCAGGCCUCUCCAGCCUUGCAUCGCUUCAGCCACAGUGGAACCUGUCUCCUCCUCUCCCACCUCAGGACCCUCACCACGCAGACCCCUUUUCCUUCUUUCCUGCUCAUCCUCCAGGUCUCAGCGGGGUCUCCCCUGGCCAGCACAGGUCCCUGCAUGUAUGCUGUCACAGUCCCCGACACCUACAAACUUGUCAUGGUUUGUAAUUAAAGAUUUGUAUAAUUGUCUGAUUCAGGUCUGAAACAGAGGUAAGGAGAUCAGUUUUAUUCACAGCAUGUAGUGACUACUCAUUACACGUAUGUGGACUAAAUGAAUGAUCUUAAACAAAUGUAGGAGGGAAGAGUUACCCAUCUUUUACAGGUGGGAGGUCAAAGGCUUGGAAGGCGAAGUUAGUUGCCAAAGGAUGCAAGUCCUGCCCUUGUGUGUGUAACAAACACAACCAUUCCACAUCACUCGGUGAUUGUUGGGCCUGAUGGAAAGCAGGCCUGACCUGUCACAGGGGCCAGACCCUGGUGGGGUGGGAGUGAAGAGAAGUCAGCCAAAGUUUUGAAAUCAGAGUUAAGCAUCCUUUCCCAAAGUACAGCACUUUUCUUUAAAAAAAAAAAAAAAAGCACAAACACUUUCAGGUAACAUCUGCUAAAUGCAGUGCGUUAAAAUUUCCCCAAAGACAAGUUGGUGUCAAGUUAUGUGAAGUCUCAGAAAAAAUUGUUUCAGAGGACGGGGAGCUGGAGGACUGGAAACGUCCUCGGGAGUUGAGUCAGUCACCCUAAGGGGAUGGAGCAGAGACUGGGAGGCAGGAAGGCACCGGAGGAGAAGGGGCCGGGGGGCGGAGGUGGGGGCAGGAGGAAAGACCCUGUGAAAGUUAAAGGCCCUGGGACCAUGGGUCAUGGACACUCCAGAAACAGGAGAUGCAUAUUUGCAUAAGCUGCACGGCACGGGGAGGGGAGGUGGGCAGUCUUGGAGACCAGGUGCAGGAUGGCUAGGCCCACCCUGGUUCACCCAAUGUCAGGAGUGUCCCCAGUAGCGCUCGGUGGAAUGAAAGGCAGAAUGCGGGGCUGCCCAGCAUCAGGGACCAGCGGGGCAGGGAGGCCUGGCUGUGGGGACGCAGGGGCCAAGGCAGAAGGUGAAGCCAGCAGGGAGGUGAGAACGGGGUGGAAAGUAGGGGGAGAACUGAGUUUGCAGAGGGUUCGGAGGCAGAAUCGGGGAGUUUCCGGUGGCGCGCGCCCUCCUGCAGGGUCCAGCCCUUCUGGGUGUUCUCACUAAGACGGCUGGCAACGAUGAAGUGAGGUCAGGCUGCCCAGGGCCACGGCUCUGUCCGGCCACGAACAGCAGCCCAGGUCCGCCCAUGACUGACCCACCCCACAGACCCCCCUUAGCGUCUCAGCCAAAUCUCUUUGGACCAUUGGCAACAGACACCUCCUGGGGUUAGUUUAAGGAAAAGAGGAUUUGAUGUGCGAAGUCAGGACACUCCCGGGGCCUGGGGUCGGGACAGGAGGGGCCAGGAAGCCAGCGAGGAGAAGGCAGCCUCUGUGUCAGUCUGUCCAUCCUUUCACCUUUAUUGCUGGAUCAGAUUCCCAUCUCUGCUUCUGUCUGUCCGUCUGCCCCAGGCCCUCUUACUCUCUCACUCACCAUGCACCUGGCCAGCUCUGAUGGGCACUUUGUCCUCCGGCUGCAGCUCACGUCUCUCGGGGGGAGGGGGACAUGAAUGACCAGCUUGGGUUGGUGGCCACCAGUGGCCACACACUGGGCAGCUGCGGUUGAGAGCGGGGAGCUUAUAGACACGGCCACCUGAAGGGGGUGAGGCUCUCAGGGAAGGGGGGCCUCCGAGGAUUGUGGUCGGUGGUUGGUGCCAAGAAACCCGACGAGGGCGGGUGCAGAAAGCCAGAGGCCUGAGGUGGCCAUGGCUGUGCGCGCAGCUGAGCUCCACAGGCUGAAGAGAGCCGUGUGGACACCGGGGCCGGGGUGGUGACACAGCCUGCUCGUGGGGCCAGGCGGGCGGGGGUCCAGAGAGGCCCCGGAGCAGCCCGGGUACAGCAGCCAAGGGCGGGAGGGGGCCGCCUUCAGAGUGCCGUGGCCGCUACGCUGCCCCACGAUGCUGUGGAAGGACUCCAGCCAGACCCCGCCCUCAAAGGGAGGCAGGAGCAGCGGCCUGGGCGAGGGACAUGGUGUUUUCCAGGGAGGAUGAACCGGCUGUACGACAUGGAGCCCAGGGUGAUGGAUGAUGAGAUGCUCAAGCUGGCCGUUGGGGAGCAGGGCCCGCGAGACGAGGCCAGGCAGCUGGCCAAGCAGGAGGGCAUCCUCUUCAAGGACGUCCUGUCCCUGCAGCUGGACUUCCAGAAUAUCCUCCGCAUCGACAACCUCUGGCAGUUUGAGAACCUGCGGAAGCUGCAGCUGGACAACAACAUCAUCGAGAAGAUCGAGGGCCUGGAGAACCUCACACGCCUGGUCUGGCUGGACCUGUCCUUCAACAACAUUGAGGCCAUCGAGGGGCUGGACACGCUGGUGAACCUGGAGGACCUGAGCCUGUUCAACAACCGGAUCUCCAAGAUCGACUCGCUGGACGCGCUGGUCAAGCUGCAGAUCAUCUACCUGCGGCGGUUCAAGGACCUGCGGACGCUCAGCCUCUCGGGGAACCCGGUCGCCGAGGCCGAGGACUACAGGACGUUCAUCUGUGCCUACCUCCCCGACCUGGUGUACCUGGACUUCCGGCGCAUCGACGACCACACGAAAGAGCUGGCGGAGAUGAAGCACCAGUGCAGCGUGGACGAGCUGAAGCACCAGGAGAGCCUGAUGCAGGCCCAGCUGGAGGACGAGCAGGCCCGGUGGGAGGAGCUGGAGGGGCAUAAGGCGGCCUUCGUGGAGCACCUGAACGGCCCCUUCCUGUUUGACAGCAUGUACGCCGAGGACGUGGAGGGUAGCCAGCUGUCCCACCUGCCCGGCGUGGGCGAGCUCGUGCAGACUUACAAGGACAAGUUCGUCAUCGUCUGCCUGAACAUCUUCGAGUCCGGCCUGAAGCAGCAGGAGAAGCGGAAGGCGGAGCUUGACACCUUCAUGGGGUGUGUCCAGGAGGCCAUCCAGGAAAAGCAGGAGCAGGGCAAGCACAAGAUCGCCAAGUUCGAGGAGAAGCACCUGCUGACUUUAAGCUCCAUCCGAGACGAGUCUGAACUGACCAACUUCGAGAAAAAGAUGGCGGAGCACAGCGAGGACAUCACCGAGCUGGUCAACGUGCUCGUGACGCUGGAGAUGCAGCUGGUGGAGCAGCUGGAGGAGACUAUUAACAUGUUUGAAAGGAACAUCAUCGACUUGGUGGGACUCUUUGUCGAAAACGUCCAAAGCCUGAUGGCUCAGUGCCGGGACCUGGAGAACCACCACCACGAGAAGCUCCUGGAGAUCGCCAUCAGCACCCGGGAGAAGAUAGUCAAGGGCGAGCUGGACGAGGACCUGCCGGACGCCGUGCGUCCGCUCUUUGUCGACAAAGACACGAUCGUUAACGCGGUCGGGGCCUCACACGACAUCCACCUCCUGAAGAUCGACAAUCGGGAGGACGAGCUGGUGACCAGGGUCAACUCCUGGUGCGCACACCUGGUGGACAAGGUGAGCGCGGCCGAGGGCAGGGAGGAACGGAGUCAGGAAGGCAGGCUCAGGAUCCCGCCUGACGGGCCGGCUGCUGUCUGCCCUGCAGAUUCACAAGGACGAGAUCAUGAGGAACCGCAGGCGCGUGAAGGAGAUCAACCAGUACGUCGACCAUGUGCAGAGCGAGCUGGACAGCCUGGAGUGCAGCGACCUCCUGGACUAGGGCUGUGGCCCAGCCCUCCCCCCGACCCCCGAACUUCACAGGUAGAGAAAUAAAGGACUUUGGUUACCU